AUGGACAUUGAUGAUUAUUCAAGAGAUCGUGAAAGAUCUCCAGUAAGAAAUAGAUCCCGUUCUCCUACCAGAGGUAGCGACAGGGGAGGUGAUAGAGAAAAAAGUGACAGAGGAUAUGGUAGAGAUAGAGACAGCAGAGGUGGUUACAGAGGCUACGACCGAGGUAGAAGAGGUCGUGGUGGAUAUUCUCGUGGUGGACACAGAGGUAAUCACAGUGGUUACGGUGGUUACAAAAGAGAUUAUGAAAGAAAACCUUAUUCAAACUACCAAACCACCGAACAAGCUCAAGAGGAAUACCGUGUGAAGACCGAUAGAAAUUAUGACAAUUCGAUAUUCAUUGGGAACAUUCCUUAUGACGUUGACAGACAAGCAGUUUCUGAUAUCUUCAAGAAUGAUUUCAACGUUGUAAGGGCAGAUAUCGUCACCAACAGAGGACGUUCCAGAGGAAUGGCCACUGUUGAAUUUGAUUCCAAACAAGCUGUUAUGGAUGCCAUUCAAAAAUUUGAUCAUUUCGAAUAUAGAGGAAGAGAAAUCUUCGUUAGACAAGAUUAUCCACCACCAGAAGAUAAAAGACAAAAAGAAUUCAAACCUGUUGAAAGGUCGGCCCCUGAACAAAGUUAUAAUGAUGGAUAUAGUCUGAGAUAUGAUCAAAAUAGUAGAUAUGGAGCUAAUGGAGGUAGAGCUUUCGAUAAAACCAGUCAAGGAAAGCAAUUACCAGCACCUGAACCAGGUACCGAAGUAUUCGUAGGGAACUUACCUUUCUCCAUUAACUGGCAAGCUUUAAAAGAUUUAAUGAGAGAAUGUGGUGAAGUAUUGAGAGCAAAUAUUAGAGAAGAUGAUUAUGGACAUUCUCGUGGAUUUGGAACUGUUGUUUUCAAAACCCCUGAACAAGCUACCAUGGCUUUGGAAAAAUUCCAAGGUUAUGAAAUUGAAGGAAGACAAUUGACUUUAAGACCAGGUAAAACUGAUACUAGAGAACAUAAGAAAGAAUUUAAAAAUAGUGAGUUUACUGAUGGUGUUGAAGGUGAUGGAGAAAGAAGCGAUACCAUCUAUACUGCUAAUUUACCUUUCGUUACCAGUGUCGAAGAUUUAUACGAAUUAUUCGAAACUAUAGGUAAGGUAGUAAAAGCCGAAUUACAAUAUAAUACCCGUGGUAAACCUUCUGGUAAUGCCGUAAUCCAGUUCGAAAUGGAAGACUUGGCUGAUUUGGCCAUCAAGAACUUGAACAGUUACAAUUAUGGAGGAAGAGACUUGGCUGUAUCGUAUGCUAAGAGACCUGGUGCAGCCAGUGUGGUAGAAGAGACUAUGGGAGCUGAACCUGAAGCUAUAGAAGAAGUUGUAGAAGAAGCCGUAGAAGAACCCAUGGAAGAAACUAUGGAAGAAUAA